GCAAACUAAGACACAGCGCGUUACCCAGACAUGAAUCGGCUGUCGGGGCUGUGUCGCCUCUGUAGACAGGUUGUGUUUGCGAUGGCCUGGUCUGGCUAUAACCGACUUUAUGCUGUCAUUGAGUGGCUGUGGAGCAGACGGGGUUUCUUAAUACGCUGUGUGACCAGAGUUUUCGCUCCGGUGUCGAAACGUGUGCGGCAUUUCCUCGGUUGGAAGGAGGAUAACGGAAGCCAAGACGAGCCUGAAAACCAAAUUCCAGCAGCAGCAGCAGCAGCAGAUUACCCCGAGAAGGCCGAGGAGGAUGACCUGCACUGUGCCUACGAUUCAACGUGGGAGACUGAGGGGGGUCAGGAGAUCACGGUCAUGAGGGCCAGGCGUCCAGCACAGUCCAGGAAUUACAAGUUCAGCAGAUUUGAACAUGCCGCAAGGGACAUGCAGAACUACAGACAUGACUACCCUAACCAGAUCAGGCUGCAUCGCUGGAACCAGAACAGGCCCUCUGAUGACAUGCCUAAUUUGUUAUUCUACCUCGGAACAAGGCCCUCUGUACCUGACGGUGCCUUCAUACAUGAUUUCCACCAUACAUGGAAGGGUGAUUAUGACAGACUGGAGAUUGUACACAGCUAUAUUCAGUGGUUGUUCCCACUGCAAGAACCUGGGAUGAACCCUGAGGCCAGCACGCUGACAAAAGAAGAAAUAGAGGCUUUUCGUAACAACAUCACUGCAAAGGAAAAUCUGCUGAAGUCAUACCAGCUCAUGUUGGACUUCUACGGUAUCAUGUUGUGUGAUGAGGAGACAGGAGAAGUCAACAGAGCCCCAAACUGGAGGGGCAGAUUCCACAACCUGAACAAUCACACUCACAACAACCUGCGCAUCACCCGCAUCCUGAAGUGCCUGGGAACCCUGGGGUAUCCCCACUUCCAAGCCCCUCUGGUCCAGUUCUUCCUGAUGGAGACACUGGUCAACGGACAUCUUCCAAAUAUCAAAGACAGCGUCCUCAACUACUUUGUGUUUGCUGUCCUCGAUAAGAAGCAACGCAGGAACCUCAUUAAGUUUGCUUAUUUGAACUAUGAACCAAAAGAUGCGUUUGUGUGGUGCCCAAGAAAAAUACAGAGGAUGUGGUCAGAGCAGUCAGCGUCCGAGACAUAGAAGGGAACACAAGGUAAAAAAAGAUGUUUGUAAGCUUGACCUGAGUCCUGGGAAUCUGAGUCUGGACAACAAAGAAGAAGUAAAUGAUGCAGUCAGAGUAGAACGUGUUUUAAAUCUAAUAACAGUGUUGACAACCUUUCACUAGACUCUGAAAAUGUGAUGAGUUUAUGGCAACACCUGUAGAGCAGCAGUUACAACAGAGUCGCCUUCACAGCAGCUGGUGGACAAGGUGGCCACGAAACAGGAAGGACUUAUGCAAGUCAAAUUAAUGAGGAUGAAAUGUCCAGCUUCAGGGUCAAAGCAGGAAGAGACAGGGUCAGUUACGAUCACCCAUUGAUGCACAUGCACAUGAUCCUGAUAUUAUUAAAAUCUUCUCAGUAGUUCACACACUGGUUUAUCGUGCUUUUCAUAACAAACCAAACAGUGUAGUUACUUAUGGAAAUUUGUUUAAUAUUCAGUUUGAUUUCUGGAGUUUUACUCAUAUUUUUCUUUCACUUUCACAAACAAAAAUGUGCAGGGCUGUUCAGUGGAUGAAUGUUUUAUACAAAAGGUGCAACAGUAAUAGAAAUGCUUGUGUCAUGUUGAGAAGAAGUGGGACAAAUUAAGAAUUUAAAGAGUGAUUAAUAACACUGAAAUGACUGCUCCCAAAUUCUAAUUCUCUAAAACCUUUGUUCAGUUUUUCUUGUUCACUAUGUUCACAUUGUUAUCUUAUGUCUAACUGUCUUAUGUGAUCACAGAUUUUUCCCUGUUGCUUUUUUUCCUAAUCAUAACGUCUAAGCAAAGAUUAAAGCCAAAAAUGUGAAACAGUGGGUCUGUACUGGUAGUGCUGCAUUUAAGUCUAUUGUUAAGUUCUGUGCUUGAGUUGUGGUGCUGCCUAACUGCCUGAGUGACCUAAUGGUGAAGGAGCAGGGAGAUAAAGUGUUUUUUGAGGUUGUGAAACAUGAAUGUUGAUCAUGUUAUAAAAGGUUCAGAUGUUUGUUUUUUUCUGACACAGAACUUUUAUCAUGCAGAUAGUUUUUGAUUAUUUUGAGAAAAUAAAAAUACACCACUA